GAGUGAGAGAAAAGAAAGAGACAGCAGUCCCUCUACAGGAAACCGGACGGAGCUGAGGGAAGGAUUGAAUGGAUCGAUGCGCAGAUUAAAGAAAGAGGGAGGGAAAAAAAGCGAGAGAGAGGCUUGACUCUGGAAACAGAUUUUAGUGACCCAGAUUGUUUUGGGUUUUUUUUUUUUCCUUCUUCUCUCCUCCACAACAUGAUCGGUGUCUCUUCUCCACAUCGAGCGAUGAAGCGUGUGUAACAAAUGCACAAAGUAAACCGGAAAGUUUGACGUUAAUUCGACCGAGGCUGAAUUAGAGAGGGGGAAACAACUAUAAAACACACGGCUUCAUGAUAGAAGAGAGUUUGCACGGAAAAAUGCAGGGAAUCCCAGCAACCGACCUCUCCUCCUCGCUCAUACAGUAUUCCUGUGGAUCAUUGGACUUGGUGUUGAAAAAGACAUCCUCACCUCUUUCCAGAUCAUGUCACAAACACAUUGUUGGGAAGCCCUGCCAAGAUCCUUCAGCUGCGCCAAGCAAGCCAACAUCACAGAGACCUCAAGUGCCCCCUAAGCCCAGACACAUUCAGGCUUUGCGGCAGGACAAGCAGCAACAGCAAAUCCCUCCAGCACCUUGUCGUCCUCUCCCGAUCCCUCCACCCAAACCAAAAACCCUCACAUCCAAGCAGCAGAAGCAUCCUGCCAAGAGUGUGUGCCUCCUCAUUGAGAAGUUUGAAAACUCCAGGGCCCCAAUUCUGGGAGUCCAAACCAAAAGUGCCCUCCGGUUGCACCUGAGGAUGGAGGCGCCUGAAAUCACAGAACAGCCUCAGUUUAGUGAGUCCGAAGGGAACGACCCUGGGAACAUUGCACUUAAAAAGGAUAUGGAAUUGCCCUCUUUAGACUUUUUACAUAUAGCCUGCAUCCACGACUCAGGCAGUCAAGAUAACCUUGACCAAGAGUGCCACAGCGGGGAUUUGGACAUUAAUCACAGUGACUCUGAUGAUACCCACAACAACACAGAGCACACAGUUAAAGACCGAGAUCACAGCAGUAUCGACACAGGACAUGAUGGAAGUUUAAUAGGUGGCCCGUGUGAAGGGCAGGUUAACAAUGUGACAGAAGCAAACGGAAAGAUCCCAAAUCGCGACAGCGGAAUAGACAGCCCGUCCUGCGGAGCCGAGGGAGAGGCAUUUUCAAACGAGGUCCCCAUCGAAGAGGAAGACAGGAACGACAGCAUAGCUACAGAAACAGAGAGUGUGUCUUGCAUCACCACUAGCAACAAGCGGGACUCAACACAGGACGAAGAUAGCGACUUGGAUGAAGGAAGCAGUGAAGAACCUGAGAGCCUAGAAGUCAAAUGUUCGCAGUCAGAAUCUCAGAAGCUGUUCAACAUCGCUCAAGAACUCCUCCAUACAGAGGAAGCUUAUGUGAAACGACUCAACCUGCUCGAUCAGGUGUUCUGUACUAAGUUGACCGCAGCAGGGAUUCCUACAGAUGUGAUUAAUGGGAUUUUCUCAAACAUCUCCUCCAUCUACUGCUUCCACAAUCAGUUCCUGUUGCCUGAGCUACAGACACGGAUUACUCAAGAGUGGAACACAAAUCCACGUAUUGGUGACAUCCUGCAGAAGUUAGCUCCGUUUAUGAAGAUGUACGGGGAAUACGUCAAAAACUUCGACCCUGCAAUGGACUUGGUCAACACGUGGACCCAGAGGUCAACCCAGUUCAAAAGCGUGGUUCAGAAUAUCCAGAAGCAGGAUGUAUGUGGUAACCUGACAUUGCAGCAUCACAUGUUGGAGCCAGUGCAGCGUAUUCCACGUUAUGAACUCCUCCUUAAAGACUACCUAAAGAAACUCCCCAGUGAUGCACCAGAUAGAAGAGAUGCUGAGAAGGCUCUGGAUUUGAUCUCCACAGCAGCUAAUCAUUCGAAUGCUGCUAUUAAGAAGAUGGAGAAGAUGAACAAGCUGCUAGAGGUGUAUGAACGACUUGGUGGGGAAAUCGAAGAAAUCGUUAAUCCUGCUAAUGAACUUAUCAAAGAGGGUCAUAUAAAGAAGAUGUCUGCUAAAAACGGCACAGCCCAGGACAGAUACCUCUACCUGUUCAACAACAUGUUGCUGUAUUGUGUGCCUAAGUUGCGGCUGAUGGGGCAGAAGUUCAGCGUCAGAGAGAAAAUUGACAUAGCAGGCAUGGAGGUUCAGGAGAAUAUCAAGCAGAACCUUGCUCAUGCUUUUGCCAUCAUCGGCAAGCAGCGAUCUCUUGAACUGCAGGCAAGAAAUGCUGAAGAAAAGCAGGAAUGGAUCCAGGUCAUCUUGGCCACAAUCGAUAAGCAAAAACAGAAAAGUGAGACAUUUAAUAAAGCCUUCAGCAGCUCCUUAUCCCGUGAAGAAGAGCACAUCCCCGACUCACCGAGUCUAUUUAGUAGUGCAUCUGUGGAUUCAGAUGGAGGUGUGAAUGAAAGAAGGAGUUCAAAGAAACGUGAGAAGGAGAAAGAGACUUGUAAAGGCUGCAACGAGAACUUUAACUUCACGAAACGCAAGCACCACUGCAAGAACUGUUCAGCUGCCGUCUGUGGUAAAUGCUCGAAGGUGUCAGAGACCAAAAACAUCCGCGUGUGUAAACAGUGUUACGAAGUCCUGCAUGGAGCUGAUGGGACGCCAGGGGGCAGUGUUGAGCAGAAGAAAAAAAGCCCGGUAGAGAAGCAGCUCUCCUUUGUGGACGACAGUUAUGUACUAUGCAGCCAGCUCAUGGUUCAGGAGAAAGGUAAGACCUGGACUAAGACCUGGGUGGCCAUCACAAAAGCAGAACCACUAACGCUUCACCUACAGACCAGCAGCCAGGAUGUACACAGAGCCCGGACCAUCUCUCUACCUGCUUACGAGGUCAGCACGAUGUUAACACCCUCUGAGAAGGCAGAAGGCAAGCAUGUGUUCAGGCUCAGCCACUCCCAGCAUGCACUGCUCUUCAGUGCCCCAGACGUAGAAUUAAUGGACAAGUGGGUGGAGCUUCUGUCCCACGCUGCGAAAGGGGAGGCUUUGGAGACGUCGACGAGCGUGACGGAACACCGCAAGAGCCGAUGAGAACCAGCGAAGGCUUCAAAGCGACAGAGCUUCGUCUCGAGAACUUGUUACUUGAAUUCACAUUCAUCCUCAGCACUUUUUUUUCUUUUUUAGUUCCACUUCACCUUUUUUUCCCACCGUUCCUUUCACAUAAGCACAGGACAGGAUGCAUUCGUACACAAACAUGCACUGUUCCAACUCCUCUGCCACUGUUGUGCUUGGUGUGUGGCUGGUUCCCAAAUGCACUGUUUCCUUUUAUUAUUAAGAUCUUUCUUUUGUAUUAUAAUAGAUAAGGCUGUUUUGGAUUUAUUUUAAAUAUUAUAAGACGAAGGUUUUUACGAUUUCGUUAAAGGUUCGUGUAAAAUUGCUCUUCCUUGUUUAGCAUUAACUUGUUUUAGCCUUCACGUUCGCCGAAACGUUUCAGCCAUUUUCCUCACUGUGUAAUUAGUUUUCUUUUACUUUUUGUCUGCACGCCAUUUUUCUGCUCUUGCAACACAUUGUGGCUUCUGCACUUCUUUUUGAAGAUCAAGCUUACGAAAGAGGAACCUCUAUUUAAAGACGAACAAAGGUUUUCGGCCACUGGGUUAUUCUACUGUAAUAUCACCAUUAGUAGUUUCUUUUCCAAGCAACACCUUUGUGUUUUAUUCGUAUUCUACACGGCAAUUUGAAAAAAUCUCCCAUCCCUUCAGUAAACCUGCAGGAUUCGUACUGUAUUGUAAGUAAGCCUUAGCUGUGCUUUGAAGAUCUAUCUCCACAUGCUUGUUGUAUCCCAUAUUUAUAAUUUUGUGCUUUUUUUAAAAAAAAAACCCUGCAAGCAUUUUUGUCUCCUGAAGAUGGAUUUUUAACAUGGAUUUUAACCAUUUUUAAACAAGAUCCUUCUAUGUUUAAAGCAGAAAUCUUCACGAAAAGGAAUUAUAUCUACAGAAUCAUCCAAAUAAAAUAACACCCGGUUUCCCUGUCUC